UCGAGCGUACAACACGCCUCGCUUGUGCGCUCCUCACAUUUUCGGAUUACGUACGAACGUAAACGGUUACUUGUAAACAAUUGACGCUACUCAAAAUAAUACUAAAUUAAGUAAAUAGUGUUACAUUUUUUAAAUAAAAAAUAAUUCGUAUAUAACUAUAGUUUAAUAAUAAUUGUGUAUGAAUAUAAUUAAAAUUAAUAGUGAGGUUUUUUCGUGAUGAAAGAAGUAUUUCUUUAUAAAUGGAUGGAGGUGCAAGUGAAAUAAAAAUAUAAUAUUAUGUAAUAGAGAAGGAUUAAAAAAAUCACAAUGAAGCUUUUUUAUCUAAUUGCUUUGUGUGCUCUGGCUUCAGCGCACAAGAUCACUCAAUUAAAAGUGCCGCUGUACGCAGACCCGCGCCGAGCAGCUGAGCUCAGUUGUCACUUCGAAAUGGAUGACCAGAAACUACAUUCCGUCAAAUGGUACAGAGACACUCAUGAAAUAUUUAGAUACAAUCCAUCACAAAAGCCUCCAAUCCGACUGUUCAAUGUGACGGGCAUUAUGGUGCAAGGCGGAGAGUGCGUGACCGACUCGUGCCUGGUGCGCGUGAUGCCGCCGCCGCUGGCCACGCGCGCCGCCUACACGUGCGAGGUGUCCACUGAGGGACCUAAGUUUCAGAUAGCAAGACAGGCCAAGCACAUGACUGUCGUCGCUAUGCCAGAGAAGGAUCCAAUCAUAAUUGGAGCUCCAAAACUAGUGAAGCCCGGGGAACAAUUGCUAUUGAACUGCACAUCGGACUACUCCCUGCCGCCGUCCGACAUUAAUUGGUACAUUGACAAUGAACUGCAAAAGCCUGAAAUCUGGCAACGCACUGAAUUAAGUCCUCCAGAAGUGGGAGGAUUGCGAGCCUCGUGGAGAGUACUUCGAGUCUCCGUUCCUUCGGGAGCUAGCGGGGCAUUGCGAGUUCGUUGCGAAGCGGUAUUGUUAGUGGAGCCACCGGUAGUGAGGGAUGUGGCCACUAUAAUUACUGUAUAUUCUCGAACGCAGCUGUCCAAAUACGUUUCGAAUUCAGGAUUUUCCGCAAGUCCUAAUUUAUGCUUUUGGAUUAUAAUAUUGGCAUAUAGUUUUAUAUGUACAGCAAUAAGGAGCUUAUGAGGAUCGGUUUUUCCGCAGUGAUAUUAAUAUAAGUGUAGAUAUCGUCGCCACAAAUGCGAUUGUAUUAACUAAAACAUUAAAUGUAUAAAGUUUUAGAUUUUAUUCAAUAAACGUAAAAUUUGUUUUAAAUAAAUUAUAGAUAGGGUAGGAACGUGGAUGUGUCAAAUGAGAAUCAUUAUUUUUUUUACAUUCCGAAUACAUCAAACUGUAAUAUGAAGCGUUCAUUAAAUUGUUAUAAAAUAUAUGUAUUAAAUAUAAUAGAUGGAAAUAUAAAAUAAAUAUAUAUGUAAAUGUAUUAAAUUAUGUAA